GCCUGCUGAAAUUCAACAUGUACCUGGAGCAUGCCAAUACCACACGAGAGUCUGCCUUUGUCCACGCCAUUGCGUCGGCAGGGGUGGCCUUCGCUGUAACCCGCUCCUGUGCCGAGGGCACAUCCACCAUCUGCGGCUGUGACUCCCACCACAAAGGACCUCCAGGAGAUGGCUGGAAAUGGGGAGGAUGCAGUGAGGAUGCCGACUUUGGCGUGCUGGUGUCCCGGGAAUUCGCAGAUGCCCGAGAGAACCGGCCGGACGCCCGCUCAGCCAUGAACAGACACAACAACGAGGCCGGCAGGACGACCAUCCUGGAUCACAUGCACCUGAAGUGCAAGUGCCACGGUCUCUCGGGAAGCUGCGAGGUCAAGACCUGCUGGUGGGCCCAGCCCGAUUUCCGGGCAAUCGGUGACUACCUGAAGGAUAAAUACGACAGCGCCUCUGAGAUGGUGGUUGAAAAGCACCGAGAAUCUCGGGGAUGGGUAGAAACUCUUAGGGCCAAGUACGCUCUUUUCAAGCCACCGACGGAGCGGGAUCUGGUCUACUACGAGAACUCCCCCAAUUUUUGCGAGCCCAACCCAGAGACGGGCUCCUUUGGGACAAGGGACAGAACAUGUAACGUCACCUCCCACGGGAUUGACGGCUGCGACCUGCUGUGCUGCGGUCGUGGCCACAACACCAGGACUGAGAAACGGAAGGAGAAGUGUCACUGCAUCUUCCACUGGUGCUGCUACGUGAGCUGCCAGGAGUGCGUACGCGUCUACGACGUCCACACCUGCAAGUAAGCGCAGGUAGGUCUCCAACUGAUGGGAGGUUGCUCCAGAGCAGGGCCAAGGGGUCCGUCAACCCUGCGAUCAGCCCCCACAUGGUGGCCUCACACUUCAGAGGAUGGCAUAAAACAUUCCGAAUGC